AUGCAUGCCACCCAGCAUCUCGCCCACGGCGAUCUUUGCUUCAACGGGAGCGAUCAAAAGCCCUACGAGCUCCGAAGCGCCGAGCCAUCGAGACAAAAAAGCCAAGAUGGGUUAACCUUUUCGUGCCCUUGCCUGCCAUACCAACCACUUGGGUUUUCCCAAAAGAGGAGCAUGAUCGGCGACCUCGACCGGCUCGGGUGCCUAGAUCACCCAAUUCUGGACGGAGACCGGAGUGUAGUCCGCAAGGGCGCGGGACCGGAAUCUGAAGAUUGGGCCGGAUCCAACCCAGCACCCAACAGCACUAGAAAUUUGCCAACCCUGCAGCAACAUACCUCUACUAUGCAUGUACUGCACUGCAUCGAGGCCCCGUUGAGCUGA